UGGUGCAGAAAAACUUGGAAAAAAUACUGCAUUCAUACUGUGAGGAGAAAAGGAAUACACCUCAGGCAAGUGCACUUUACUGAACCUGCUGAUUUUGUUGUUCUUGCCAUGAAGGCAUCAAUCAUUGCAGCCUUCUUUGCUUUGUUUCUGACUUGUACAUAUGCAACUAAAGAAGCUACAAAGAAGAACAAAAAGGCUAAACUAUAUGUACCUGAGAUAGACUGCGAUAUCAAAGCAGGGAAGAUAAUCAAUCCAGAAUUCAUUGCAAAAUGUCCACCGGGAUGUCAAGACAUAAAAUACCGUGUUUAUGGCACCGACAUUUAUGCUUCUUUUUCCAGUGUGUGCAGUGCUGCUAUUCACAGUGGUACUAUUGACAACUCAGGAGGGAAGAUCCUUGUUCAGAAAGUUGCUGGACAAUCUGGUUACAGAGGGAGCUUCUCCAGUGGAAUCCGAUCCUUGUCCCUACCACGCUGGAGGGAGUCCUUCAUUGUUUCAGAAGGCAAACCAAAGAAAGGUGUGACAUACCCAUCAACUCUUGAAUAUUCUUCCUCAAAAAGCUCACCUGCUAAAGCAGAACCUAAAAAGUUGGCACACGAUAUAAAGGCUACCAAGAAUACAGACACCUCUAAUGCAUCAGAAAAAUCACCUGAACAAGCCGAUGCACUCCGCAAAGAAUAUCAGACGUCUCCGGGACCGGUACCAACUACACAAGUUACCACCACAACUCUGAAGCCAACCACAAUUCUGGAACCCAUCAGCACAACACCAAAGCCAACGACAAUCCCUGCAACAACCAGCACUACAACUACUAUUACCGCUGCCAGACCUCGACCUGCAGUGCAUAGGGUCAGGGAUACAGGUCCUAGCAGCGUCCAUCCAGCUUACUCAGCUGUGGCAGCUGCAGCAUCAAGGCAGAUUCAGGCUGCACAAGGAAGAGGCCAGAAUCAAGGUAUUCAACGCCAAGAGCCUGUCGCAGCCUUCCGGAAACCUGCCGGGUCUCCAGUCCAUCUCGCUUUGGAAACUGAAUUGUGGAAACCUGGAUCAAGCCUUUUUGACACAGGCGUCAGUUCAAAGGAAGAAUUGAAUCCGAAACCUUUGGAGCCAGUUUCCCAGGGAAACCCAAACUGCAAAGUUGAUUUGUCCUUCUUGAUUGACGGGAGCUGGAGCAUCGGUAAACGCCGUUUUCAGAUCCAAAAACAAUUCCUCAGUGAUGUGGCUCAAGCUCUUGAUGUUGGCAUAGCUGGUCCUCUCAUGGGCAUUGUUCAGUAUGGUGAUGACCCUUCUACAGAAUUUAACCUCAAAACUCAUGCAAACUCCCGGGAUGUGAAAAAUGCCAUUGAGAAAAUUCCACAGAAAGGAGGACGUUCCAAUGUUGGGAAAGCACUUUCAUUUGUUAACAAAAACUUCUUUUUGGAUACCAAUGGAAACCGAGGUGGAGCACCCAAUGUGGCCAUAGUGCUGGUGGAUGGAUGGCCCACCGAUAAGGUGGAGGAGGCCUCCAGACUGGCGAGAGAAUCUGGAAUCAACAUUUUCUUUGUCACCAUUGAAGGAGCUGAUGAAAAUGAAAAACAGAAUGUUAUUGAACCCAACUUUGUGGACAAGGCUGUAUGCAGAACAAAUGGCUUCUAUUCCAUUAACGUGCCAAGCUGGUUCAAUCUACGCAAGGUAGUCCAGACCUUGGUGAAACGGGUCUGUGACACCGCUCGGCUGGCUUGCAGCAAGACGUGUCUAAAUUCAGCUGACAUUGGCUUUGUAAUUGAUGGUUCCAGCAGCGUUGGCACUGGCAAUUUCCGCACUGUCCUCCAAUUUGUAGCCAACAUAAGCAAAGAAUUUGAGAUUUCAGACACCGACACCCGUAUUGGAGCUGUGCAGUACACCUAUGAGCAGAGGCUGGAGUUUGGAUUUGACAAACACAGCACUAAGCAAGAUGUUCUGAAUGCUAUUAAGCGAAUCAACUACUGGAGUGGAGGGACCAGCACUGGAGCAGCCAUCAACUAUGCCUCUGAACAGCUCUUCAGCAAAUCCAAACCCAACAAGAGGAAGAUAAUGGUUCUCAUUACAGAUGGCAGGUCUUAUGAUGAUGUCAGAGUGCCAGCCACGACAGCUCAUCAAAAUGGGGUCAUAGCUUAUUCUGUUGGAAUUGCAUGGGCAGCCCAGGAUGAACUGGAAGCCAUUGCAACAGACCCGGAUAAAGAACAUUCCUUCUUCGUGGAUGAAUUUGACCACCUCUACAGAUUCGUUCCUAGGAUCAUCCAGAACAUUUGUACAGAGUUUAAUUCACAACCCCGGAACUGAUGAAAGUAGGCAAAGCAUUAUACUAACGCUGGGUCACUGGGUGUCAUGCAGGAGAUACACAAAAUGCUAUACAAGUAAUGCCAGCUAUGAGUCCAAGAAAUACUAGAAGAGUUAUUCUCUGGCAUUUUUCAGUUAAAGCUGAUUUCAGCUCUAUUCCCUAUGCAUGAUAAAGCUCUGUGUAGACAGGCAUUUUUAUUUUACCUUUUUUUCUGGCUUCAAAACUCUGACUUGGUUGGAUAGACAAAGACAGUUAUAACCCUUGAAAAGAUAAAUCAAGUGACUCAGCUUUGUAGAUUGAAAAUUUGUUUCCAGAAGAGAGAUUUGAAAAGGUUUUUCAAUGUAGAUCCCAGGGACAUUUUCAUUUGGCCUUUGUGUAUUGCAGAAGCUCUCUUUAAAGACAUUCUCUAUCACAGUGCUUCUCAAACUGUGGUCUGUGGACCACUGGUGAUCUGUGGAACACUGCCGGUUAGAGACCAAGCUGUGUCUAUCAGAGUGGUGAAGCAUCUCUGUCUUCUAGCAGUGAUGCUUCCUGCUAGUUGUUGUCCAGACCAGGACUCUCAGGGUUUCCAGAGAUGCUUUCCAACAAAAUCCAGAACACCUUUUUUUAAAACCUUGGACAGCUGUUUUAUGUCUCUCUGACAGGUUUUCAUUUGGUAUAAUUUCAAGCUGAUAUACUAACAGGAGAAAGAGCCAAACUGCAAAGUGACCUGGAUAGAUUAGAGCAGUGGGGUCUGCAGGCAUUUACUGAACUUAAUAAAGUUCUGCACCUAUGGAGAGGAAGCAGCUGAUGUACAUACAAAAUUGGGAACAUGGAAUCCAGAAUCCCCACCCAUUGCAUUAGAGGGAGUUUAUUUAGAAUCUUUUCCUCUUAACGUUGUCCUAUUGUCAGUGUCCAAGCACGAUAGUUACUGCAAGAAGGGUCUGGGCUCAGGGAGGAGAUACCAUUGGAAGGGCCUCCGUCUUAAGUGGUACACAAUAUGAAAAAAGUUUGAGAACCACUGCGUUAUCACCAAACCAUUCCUCUUUUAGGUUUCACCCUGAAGUAUGGAUGGAGAUCAAUAGCAUGAAGAGAAAAGAUUGUUCUAGAGUUGUUUUGUUAAGGAUUUAAGAGAAACACAGUCUGACUGUAUUAUUGGAUAUUAUACAUUGGCAAAAGCAGGACUUCCCAAUGGUAGAGACACACACUGUAGAUGAAGUAUUUGGGGUUGGUUUUGUGUCUGUUGGUUCACAGAGUAUGCUUGUCAAUUGUGCUUGACCAAGCCAAUUAUACUAUUAUGAUGCUGCCUUCUUAAAUGAGGAACUAAUCUUCAGCAAAUGAUGCCAGAAGUGAUAUAUUACUGAAGUCUUGAAAGACUUGGGCUUUAGUUGGUGUCAGCUGGCAUCUAUUUUUUUCACCCACUAAAACUUCAUAAUAUAUGUUCAUUGUUUAUCACAGUUCAUGGAGGGAAAGGGGAGAAGAGUUAAAUAUUACUUGAGAGAAACAAGACUGUUCAUGAACUUCCCUGGAUAUUGGAAUUUGUAGUCCACAAUGCCCGGGGGGCGGGAGGAAAGGGUAAGAAAUUAAUGAUGAAAUAUUAAAUGAGUUUUUGUGGCUCAAUUCUCAUAGCUACUACACUUUGAAUAAAUAACAGGAUCUGAAUGCAAACAUGUCAUUCAAAUUAAUUACUACUCAAAAACAUCAUUAGAAAUACAAUCCUUCCAACCCUAAUUAGCCAAAAGAAAUCAUUUAAUCAGAGACAGAGGUGAAGGGAUCUGUGCCAAUCUGGAGUGAUUGCCUGUAGGCAUGCAUUACUUCACAAUACAGAUACCCUGAAAUAGAAUUAGUAGAACAAGGAGAUUAUCAAGUUAUUGCAUUGAUGAGGUUUUGCAGCCUUCCAUCAGCAAAACACACACACUUCAAAGACACUUUGUACCCUCACUGGCCCAAAUUCUGACACCAUUCAUAAACCCUGAGUAGACCAGUUUUGCGCAGGGGGUCUAACAUGGGAAUAUGAAGUUAGGAGCAAUAAGGGCAAAUUUGCAUGCGUUAGGACAUAUUUUCAUUUCUUUGAACAUUUUAGUCUUAAAAAAUAGCAAACUUGAUAAGCAUUUACCAUGGUGGUUUUCAAAUGCUCUUCACUUAUGUGUAAAAGUUCAAUGACCAUCCUCCAUAUCAAGCAUGCAAGAUUAUUUUUCAAAAGGCAACAAGGUAAACCACUUAAAAAAACCCAAACCAUAAACUUAUUGAACAACUGUUUUGUAUGGUGACUGAAUGUCACGAGAAUUUCAUUGCCUAAGUCUUUGAAGUGAUCCUUAAAUUGUCAGAUUCCCCAAAAGUGAUUUUUGUUUUUGUUUUUAAAUGUCUCAUUUUAAGUAUCUUUUUCAUAAACACUGUAAAUUAAAAGAUAAGGGCUUAUUCUACAGUUGUGGAAUUACCACUGAUAUCAAUGGGAAUCCAGUGCAUAGAAGAAGUGUAGAUAUAUCCUCUUAUACAUUAAAAAACAUUUACCUUGGACAGCAACCAAAGUACAGGUCAUCUGCUGAAAAGCCCCUGCAAAGAACGUGUUGUUAAAACAUGGGAUAGUAAGUUAUCUGUAAACCGUCUCAUAAAAAGUUUUUUUUCUUGUAUAUUUGUUUGUGAAGAAAGCAGAGUUCCUUUUGUAACACGUCUGAGCUACUUUAAGAGCUUUUCAUAAUACAAGUUGCUAAACCUUUUGCAAUAAAAAACAUAAAAGGUGUAUGCAGUACAGCUUGCAUAUGGAAGACAAUAUUUUAAAACUGUACAUCCAAAUAUUGUUACUGCAUUUUAGUUUUUAAAAUGCAAAUAAGGGUUUCCUAAAAAUAGAGACACCAUCAAGGUCAGCAAGACCUAAGGUGUUAAAAUAAAAAG